GAAAGAAAAGGAAAAUAUAGCCUUCUUAUUAUUAUGACCAAAUUUGGGUCAAAUUUUUGUGGCCAUUUAGCACCAUCCUAGUUCUUUUUCCUGUAAGUGUAAAGGGUGUGUAUAUAGAAAUAGAGUUUUGUUAAGUCUUAUUUUUUUUCUUUGGUGAGGCCCACUGUUUGUUUUGGUGGGCUUUCAUCAAGCCAAUAGAAGUAGAAAACCUGUUAGUUUUAAAUAAUUGUGUUACAGGAGAGAGAGUAAAGAUAAUUGUGUUAUUACAGGAGAAAGAGUAAAGAUAAUGAGUUUCUACUUAUUUACCUUCCCAUAAUUGGCCACCUAACUUUUUAAUCUUCCCCCCACAUGAUUUAUGCUUAAGUUGAAUCAAACUUUUUUCAAAUGCUUUUCUUAUGGAUAACUUGUUUCACCUUCAUUACUUUCCUUUAUAAGUCUCUUUCCCUUAAGCCACUUCCCUUAUGGAGUUCUGAAGUGAGAAUAUUAUCAAUUUGGUUUUGGAAAGAUCUCUUGAUUUUGAACCCUUUCAAGAAAGGAUUUUUACAAUCUUUUAUUCCCUCAGAAAUGAUGACUCUUAGGAGGAAGAGUUUCAGCUCUAGAGUUGAGAAUGUUGAGGGAAAUUCAGAAAUGUCUCUCUUGGAUUUGCCUGAAUUGGCUUUGGAAUGUAUUCUGGAGAGGCUCCCGCCUGAGGGACUUUGUAGUAUGGCUAGUGUUUGUAGCUCUCUUAGGGAGAAAUGCAGAAGUAAAUAUCUUUGGGAAAGGCAUAUGAAAGAGAAAUGGGGCAAAGUUAUUGGCCCUGCCGCUUAUAGAGAGUGGCAGUGGCAUAUUGCUUCAAGAAAUGAUUCAAGUUUCUUUAACCAGGCUAAACAAAGAGGUUUAAUGACUUACCUCUCUCAGUUUUGGCCUAUUUCAUUAGUUAGAUCUAAUUCUAGCACUAGUUUCAAGAAAAAGGUUUCCCCACCUAUUGAUUCAAUCAUGUCUUGGUAUCUUGCUCUUGAAUCUGGCAAGUUUUGGUUCCCUGCCCAAGUCUACAAUCGCGAGAAUGGACAUGUUGGUUUUAUGCUAUCUUGCUAUGAUGCUGAGCUUAGCUAUGAUCUGAAAACCGACUCUUUCCAGGCCAGAUAUCCUCCACAUGGAAGGAGGGCAAUUGCAAUAGAAACAGGUGUAACAUGGGAUAGAUUAAGAGCUCCCCCUCUUGAUACCUCUCCACAUGAUCUUUAUAUCUCUGAUUGCUUGACUGAAUUAUGCCCUGGUGAUCACAUUGAGAUUCAAUGGAGAAGAAACAAAGAAUUCCCUUACGGCUGGUGGUAUGGUGUUGUAGGCCACUUGCAAACAUGUGAUGGAAAUGAGUAUUACUGCCGCUGUCAUGAUAGUGAUACCGUAGUGCUAGAGUUCAAUCAGUAUACUCCUGGAUCGCGUUGGAGGACAACAAACAUUGAUAGGAAAGAUCGUCGUGAGGAAGGAAAUGAGGCUGAUGGAUUUUAUGGAGGAAUCCGAAAACUUCAGAGCAACGAAGAGAUUUCUCUGUGGAGACGCCUGUGGCCAUCCGAUGUCUUGGAGUAAGUUGCAAGCUCCUCACCGUUGUUGGUAAAAAGCUCAUUUGUUUCUUCAGAAUGUGAGACGUUACGCCAAACUUGGAAGUUAGCAUUUUCAGUAUACCACUUCUAUUGUUUUGUGAGCAUUUUCAGUAUACCACUUCUAUUGUUUUGUGAUCAGUUGGGAAGUUAGGAGCUAUUUUCAACAAUGGAGAGAUUGCUUAUUUGCUUCCCCACAGGUCCCAAUUGUUAUGUAAAAAUAAUUACCACGUUUACGGAUGGAUUUGUUUAGUGAAUCUAUUAAAGGUCUAGUUUAGCUGCUUGUACUAAGGAAUUAGAUUGUUAAUCCACCUUUAUGGUUUCUGUUCAGCAAUGAAAUGAUAGAAGCUAAGUUACUGGGAA